AUGGCUUCCUCAUUUAUUACAGACAUUGAUGAUGUAGAAAUGAGCUGUAAAGGCAUGCAACUUCUACUGAAUAAUGAUAUUGAUGCGUGUGAAGCUUUGUUUGAUCGAUAUCGAUUUUACUCACCAUUAAUGAAUGGCGGAUGGUCAUUUGUUUCAUUUAUGCGAGCUGUCAUAUCCUUCGAUGAUCAAAGACUAUCACAAGCUGGCCGUGAUUUAGCUGAAACAGAAAAACUCUGUGCACAUCAAAAUGCAUCAAAAUUUACUCGUACAAUAAAAUCUUCUGACUCAAAAACGAUAACACAUGAAGAAAGUCUCACUCGUCGAAUCAUUAUAGCUGAUUGUAAAUUAUAUCAAGCUAUGUUAACAUUGACCAAACAAGAAUUAUCUGGAUUACUUAGUGCUGGUUUACUUUUACGAAAAGCAUGGAAAACCUAUGAAAAAUUGCACAGUGAAUUAUUUGAAUUGUAUCGGUCUACAGAUUCUAAUGCAGAAAAAGAUUAUGGAGCAAAACCAGAAGAUAAUGCGAUUAUUGAAUUUGACAAUACUGACGGAAUGAAAAACGAAGAUGAAGAUGGUGAUGAUCUAUCUUUUAAAAGUUUUGAUAGUACAGCAAAUGAGUCAUCCCAUGAACUUUCAGCGUACACCAUAAAACGUCUUCUUGGAUCGGUGUCGUUUGGUUUUGGCCUUUUCCAGAUAGCACUUUCAUUUGUUCCGCCGAAAGUAAUGAGAUUAAUCAAAUUUCUUGGUUUUGAAGGCGAUCGAAAAUCUGCAUUAGCUGCACUGCGUUUUGCUAGUCAAACUACAGAUAUGAAAGCCCCAUUAGCAAAUUUAACGUUACUUUGGUAUCAUUGUAUUAUCCAACCAUUCUUUGCAAUUGAUAUUUCUAAUAUACCUGAUAUGAGUGAAGCAAAAGCUAUAUUAAGACGCAAUAAAGAAAAAUAUGAUAGAUCCACGCUUUUUAUUUAUUUUCAAGGGCGCAUUGAACGAAUUGAACGGGAUCUUCCAAGAGCCUUAUUAACAUUUCUUAAUGGGCUUAAUGCGCCAAAUAGUCAACAACAAAGUGCAGGAGUCGUAAAAUCCAAUGAAUUAGAUCAGGUAUUAAUUUAUGAUCUUGGAUUUUGCUAUUUAAUGAUGUUAGAUUUCGACCAAGCUUUAAAAUAUUUUACAAAAUUAAAAGAAGAAAGUCGAUGGUCGAAAGCGUUUUAUUGUUACGUUUGUGCAAUUUGUACUGCUGCUAAAAAUGAUGGGAAAACAUCAGCAGGAUUUGCUAAAGAUGGAAUUAAACUUCUUCAAAAAAGAUCCAAUCCAAUUGAAUUAUUCGCACAAAAACGAUUGGAAUAUUUGAAAAAGAAUUCAAUAUCCUCGUCUGCCGCACAUAUUCUUGUAUUUGAAAUGUUAUACUUAUGGAUUCUUUUACCAUCAUGUGAAAUACGAACAUUACGGCAAAUUUUACAAAUGGUUGAAGCCUAUGGUCAAGAUUCAAAAGAUGAUAGUAAACUUCGUUCCAUUAGUUGCCUGAUUGAAGGAGCCAUUCACAACGUACUUUUGCACUAUGAUGAUGCUCAAAAUUGUUAUGAAGAAGCCAUAGCUCGAGUAGAUGAUUCAAAAGUAAAUUUUACCAAAUAUAUAGUACCAUUUGCUACCUGUGAACUUGGCAUUCUUGAAUAUCUUCAGAGAGAAAAUCUUGAACAAGCCAAGGAAUUGCUGACAAAAGCUAAAGAAAAGCAUAGUGAAUACGAUUUUGAGAAUCGUCUACAAAUUCGAGCGAUGGCUACAACUAAAAUGAUUUGUUCCCAACAAGCAGCGGCAACAGCAGCAGGAGUUUCUACCAACUAG